AGACGCGGAAGUCAAGUCGCAGUUGUUCACGGAUACUUUAUCGAAGUUGUUUAUCGACAACAAAAAAAGGCCAGAUUAAUCGAAGAUGGCGUUAGACGGCUCGACCACCGAGUAGAUUAUAGAUUCAUGUGGAUUAAUCGCUGGUGAUGGUGGAUGAAUUCUCACGGGCUGCAGCUCCGGUGACAGAUGGAAGAGCUCUACACGCUGGAGAAGGAGGUCGGACGGGGCAGCUAUGGCGUGGUCUUUGAGGGACAUAUGGCCAGAACGGGGCAGAGGGUGGCGAUCAAGCGGCUUCCCUGCAGCAACCCGGAGUGCAUUGAACUGUACCUGCAGGAGCUGUGGGCCAUGAGAUCCACAGCCAAGAACCAUGUGAAUGUCAUCGCACUCCACAGUUGCCUCCUGCAGACGGGGCCGAGGAGCCUGAAGCCCCUAAAAUCAGGGAAGCUGCCUCUACCUCUGGUCGAGAGUGUGUUGAAGGGCAGUGUAGUCCGAGCACAGCAAGGUCAAGAGAGGGACAACUCACAAUCGAGCACCCAGAGGAGUGUUAACUCUGUCUCCAGACUUCAGGACAGGACCAACACAGUCUCGGCUAGGUCCAAGCUCCAGGACAAGGAGCAAUCAAAUGCAUCUACAACCCCACAGAGGCCGCAGAACAGAGCCAGGAAGAGACCGGCCCAGAGGGAGGAAGAGCAGCCGGAGCCCCUGCGCUGCCUGGCCCUGUGGCUCGUCAUGGAGUACUGCGAUGGGGGAGACUUGAAUCAGUACCUGCUCUCCAGUCCACCUGAUGCCCAGCGUAACCUCAGUGUGGUGCAACAGCUCUGCAGUGCCGUGGCCUUCCUGCAUUGCCUGGGUAUCACCCACCGAGACCUGAAGCCUGACAAUGUGCUGGUCUGUGUGACACCCAAAGGCCCUGUUGUCAAGGUGGCAGACUUUGGUCUGAGCAAGAUGAGUGAAGGUCUGUUGGAUGGAGACCUGACGAGGCAGCACUUCUCCUCCACCUGUGGCUCUGACUUCUACAUGGCUCCGGAGGUGUGGGGUGGACUGACCUACACAGCCCAGGCUGACAUCUUCUCCCUGGGUGUGAUGUUCUGGGCUGUCCUGGAGAGAAUCACCUUUGUGGAAGAAGGGACCACGCAGGAACAGCUGGGUGCCUAUGUGUGUAAGGGCCGCUGGUUGAUGCCGCUGGGUGAAGCAUUGUGGGAGAACGCCGACCUCCAGCUGUGCAUCCCUAUGAAGUUCAAGAGAGCCCCCCCGCUGCCGCCCCCUCCCGGUCCAGCCAUGUGCACCCUGCUUUUAGACAUGCUCGCCGCAGACCCGGAUUCUCGGCCCCCAGCAAACCAGCUGGAGGCCAGAGUGCGCUCUGCUCUGAAAGAGGACUCCCGCUGACACAAAGUGGUCUUAACAGACCAUAAUGGCUGUAAUCGCUAUAGCCACUACAUGGAAAUAUUGACUGUGGCCCCCCGACUGCAGUGUAUCCUACAUGUGUAAGCAAUAGCCACUUUGUUGCCGCGGGGGGAAGUGGGGAUAAGAAAUAUGUAUGAUUACGUGGGAUUGCAGCAGGUGCUAUUUCUGUCACAGAAACAGCAGCUCAAUUCAUAAACUGGAGAAAACCACAUAAAGGGAGCGUUAGUGAAAUAGUCGAGGUCUGCUGAGGCUCUGACCAGACACGCAGUGAUAUUUAAACAAGUCAAUAUAAAGAUCUAGUGGGACUCACUCGGCUGUACUUGACGUCGGCCCCACGCUGUUGCUUGGACCUGGAAUGCUUGACACAGAAAAUCAAUUUCAGUGUGUGUAUGUGGCUGAAAAUGAAAUGUAAGGGAUUAGUGCUGCUGCUGUUGGUCUGCACGUCAUUGUUUUCUCUGCUUUAUUUCAGGUGUUGCAUCUGACUUGAUUUGUAGACACUGAAGUUUUUACUUGCUAGCAUUUAAUAGUUUUGUGCUUUUUAUCUCUCACGUCUUCAGAUCUUCACCACAUCAGUGUCACGUGGACCGAACAGAUGUAGCAGUAACUUAUUGACUCUGUCAGCAACACUGAGGUGAUGUUUGAGGUUUGAGUUUGUGGCAUUAUAUGAUGAACGCCUGUCAGUAUAAUUCCCCACAGAGCACAGCCUCCGCAUGUACAACAGGUCGGAGCCAUUAUACAAACACAACAGUCUCAGAAGCCUUUAACUACUUUAAAGGAACAGUUCACCCAGAAUGCUGUCACCGUUUACUCCCCGCUGUGUCAGGAGGAAAUGCAUUAAAAUACAUGAAAAACAAAACAUUUCUGGAGCUUCACAGCAAAAACAGCAUAGCAGCAUUCUCUUAAGAUACUAAAAACAUGAAAGCUCAUCCAGGAGCCCAGAGAUCCCAAACUGAUUUGAAAAGAUAUUUAUCUGGUUUUGAAAGCCAGAGUCGUCACUGUUUUCAGUGACUGUGUAGCUGUACAUCAGUUUGGGAUCUCUUUGGUGACACUGGAUGAGCUGCAUAGAGACAUUUCAUGUUUUGUAUUCUUUCAGUUGUCUUCAGCUUCUUCAGUUGUUCAGGAGAAUGAUUCAACACUGUGAAGCUCCAGAGAUGUUUUGUGGAUUACUUCACCUGACUUGCCAUCGAUACAGAGCUGAGUAGAUGAUGACUUGAAUUUGUGUUUUUGGGUGAAUCUUUUUCUUCCUUUUUCUGCUUUAAUACUUUAAUACUUUUUCAGGGAUGUCGAUAUAUUUCAUAUUUGCUUUGCACUUGAAUUCAAAUGACUUGAAAGUUGAAAAUGUUUUUUUUUUCUUUAAAUGUGUUUAUUUUAAAAUCCAGUUUUUUGAGUGUUUCUCCAGUUUUCUGUUAAGUCAGUAACAUAAAAGACUUAAAGUGAA